CUGCACAGCUUACAGCAAUAGUUCUCAUACCAAAAAUUCUCAAAAGCCUUUUUCUGAGGACAAGACACUGUCAGCUCUCCCCACGUACACAGCCAGAAUGCAGAGGCUGUAGUCGCCUCAUAUUUGAAUGACAUCUGACUAAAGCACUUCGUCCUUAGUGCUGCAUGCGAUUUAUUUCUCUCUAAACUCUCCCAGUGACUCCUAAAUCUCUUGUCACUUCCUCAGCCAUCUCCUACCUCAUCUCCUUGCAUCCACUGACUAUUGCUUGUCCUACUGUCCCUCUCCAGAGUGUGACCACCAUCUCCUUGUCUCUCGCACAUCCUUCCUGCUGCCUCUGGUGCCCUACGGCCACAUGUCACCUCAGGCCGGGAUGCUGGUGUGGAGCCCAGCCUGACAUGACUGGCAGACCCCACCAGCACAUCUCUGCUGUGCAGUAUCACUUUCUAAGCUAGCUUUGGUAACCAGGACACAUUUCCUCAGCCUGUUCCUGCAAGGACAGGGCCAGUCUGAUUGCCCUAGCAAGCUGUACCCAUUUGAUUCUGAUCUGUUUUCUCAGGCUUGAUAAAAAUCUACAGUUUUAACAUUCAAAUUAGCUGCAAGUUCAAAAUUCUCCUCCUGCAUGUGUGGGGGGUAGCCCAGCACAGCCAUGUGGCACCCACAAAGCACCUCAGAGAUGGUCAGGGACAGUCAAGCUGCUGAAACCUGGGGGUCUUAAGGACAUGGAGAGACCCGUGCUCCAAAGGAGACAGAGAGGAAAGCUGGGUCCAGCCAUGGCCCUAGACCUCCGUGUGCCCUCUGUGCCUCCAACAGACACUUUCCUUUCUGGCAGCCUUCAUCCCGUGGGAGAGACCAGCUUUGAGCACACAGUGGAGCUGCAAGGAAUCAUGUUCAACAGCAGCUUGCAGAGGGAGAACUCGGACUAUUACAGGGUGCUGACACCCGCCCUCGAGAGGCUGUUUCUGUCCAGUUUCCAGGACUCCCAGCUGGACUGGAGCUGCACUGGUUGCACCAUCCUGGGCUACAGGAAUGGGAACUCAAGCGUACUCGUCCGUUUCCCCCGCCUCCACUUCAGCCGCCAGGAUUCCCAUCCCCUGAGCUCUGCCACGGAGGAGGAAGCUCUCAGACAUGGCCUGGCAGCUGCCCUGCACGAGCAGGGUCUCUCCCUGGCUGCCUAUGGGACAAUAUCCUCAGCUUCUCUUACAGGUCCCAGUGAGGUUUCUCCAUACAGACCAGGACUGAAAUCAGGGAGCUGCCCUGGAGACUUGUUCACUUGCCGCAACAAGCAGUGCGUGUCGAAAGAAAACCCAGAAUGUGAUGGCCAAAAGGACUGCCCUGAUGCCUCUGAUGAAAAGGGCUGCGACUGCGGGAGCCGCCCUGCCAUGCAGACUGCCACCAGGAUAGUCGGAGGCUCAGAGGCAUCCAGAGGGGAGUUCCCAUGGCAAGUCAGCCUGCGAGAGAACAACGAACAUUUCUGUGGUGCUGCAAUCCUCACAGAGAAGUGGCUGGUGUCUGCUGCUCACUGCUUUACUGAGUUUCAGGACCCAGCCAUGUGGGCAGCUUACACGGGGACCACCUCCAUUAGCGGUAUGGACAAAGGCACAGUAAAAAUGGGCAUCGCACGGAUCAUCCCGCAUCCCUCCUACAACACAGACACAGCUGACUAUGAUGUGGCUGUGCUGGAGCUGAAGAGACCUGUGACCUUUACUAAGUACAUCCAGCCUGUGUGCCUGCCAGAUGCUGGGCAUCACUUCCCCACCAGCAAGAAGUGCCUUAUCUCUGGCUGGGGCUACCUCAAGGAGGAUUUCUUGGUGAAACCCGAGUUCCUGCAGAAAGCAACAGUGGAGCUGCUGGACCAGACGCUGUGCUCCAGCCUCUACAGCCAUGCCCUCACAGACAGGAUGUUGUGUGCUGGCUACCUGGAGGGGAAAAUAGAUUCCUGCCAGGGUGACUCUGGUGGGCCCCUGGUUUGUGAAGAACCAUCUGGCAAGUUCUUCCUGGCAGGAAUCGUGAGCUGGGGAAUUGGAUGUGCUGAAGCCAGACGGCCUGGGGUUUACACACGCGUUACCAAACUGAGAGACUGGAUCUUGGAUGCUAUUUCUCCCUUUCCCAACUCCAUAGCGCGUACUGUCCCACUAAUACACUCCAGUACUAACAGUAACGUGGUCACCACUGAAGAGCUCAACAGCACCACCAGAGCAAUCCCCACCACCUCACCAGCCCCAGCUGCCAGCGAGCCAGCACCUGCAUCCAGACCGCAAGAGUGCGGAGGAAGACCUGGGCUCUCUAAACCCAGCAAGAUCGUGGGAGGAACAGAUGCUUCCAGAGGAGAGAUCCCCUGGCAAGUCAGCCUGAGAGAAGACUCGAUGCAUUUCUGUGGAGCCACCAUAAUUGGGGACCGCUGGCUGCUGUCAGCAGCUCACUGCUUCAAUGAGACAGAUCCAGAAGAGAUUGAAGCCUACAUGGGAACGACAUCACUAAAUGGAACAGAUAGGAACACGGUGAAAGCCAACGUAACAAGAGUCAUCCAGCAUCCUCUCUUCAACCCUAUCCUUCUGGACUUCGAUGUGGCUGUACUUGAGCUGGCAGAACCCCUUGUCUUCAGCAAAUACAUCCAGCCUAUCUGCCUCCCACUUACGGUGCAGAAGUUUCCUGUUGGCAAGAAAUGCAUCAUUUCUGGGUGGGGAAACCUCCAAGAAGGGAAUUUCACCAAGCCUGAGAGCCUGCAGAAAGCUUCUGUGGGCAUCAUAGACCAGAAGACUUGCAACUUCCUCUACAACUUCUCCCUCACUGACCGAAUGAUCUGUGCUGGCUUCCUGGAAGGGAAGAUAGACUCGUGCCAGGGCGAUUCAGGUGGGCCUUUGGCCUGUGAGGUCACCCCAGGCGUGUUUUAUCUGGCUGGCAUCGUGAGCUGGGGAAUUGGCUGUGCCCAGGCUAAGAAACCUGGCGUGUACUCCAGAAUUACCAAAUUCUACGACUGGAUCCUGGAUACCAUCUCACAGUAUGCCAGUCCUGGCACAAGCACUCCUUCCAGUUCAGCCAUCACCAGCACUUCUACUGCAGCCAUCCUCACACGCCGCGCCAGUACAACAGCUACAAGAGCCGUCAACAGAACCACCCUGAGCACAAAGACCACAGCACCCACGAAGGAAACUUCCACAGCUCUGGGAACCACUGAGCCUGCCAAGCCCACCCAAACCCCAGUGGUGCCUUGUACCAGCUUCACCUUCAGGUGUUCCAGCAAUGUCUGUAUAGGAAAAGAAAAUCCUGAAUGUGAUGGAGUUGUUGACUGCAGCAAUGGCUUUGAUGAAAGCAAUUGCGACUGUGGCUUAACUACUGCUCUGGCCUUCAGCAAGAUCGUGGGUGGGAGCACUGCAGCUCGAGGAGAAUGGCCCUGGCAAGUCAGCCUCUGGCUUCGGCAGAAGGAGCACAAGUGCGGGGCUGUCCUCAUCGCUGACAGGUGGCUGCUCUCUGCAGCUCACUGCUUUGAUAUUUACAGUGACCCCAAAAUGUGGGUGGCCUUUCUAGGAACACACUUCCUGAGUGGCAUCGAUGGCAAAAUGGAGAAAAUAUUCCGUAUCUACAAGCACCCUUUUUACAACGUCUACAGCCUGGACUACGACGUGGCGCUGCUAGAGCUGAACAUGCCCGUCAAGUUCAGCAGCACCAUCAAACCUAUAUGUCUCCCAGACAGUUCACACAUCUUCCACGAAGGAGCCAGAUGCUUCAUCACAGGCUGGGGUUCCACGAAGGAAGGAGGUCUCAUGUCAAAGCAUCUGCAAAAAGCAGCAGUGAACGUGAUCGGAGACCAGGCCUGCAAAAAGUUCUACCCUGUCCAGAUCAGCAGCAGGAUGGUGUGUGCCGGUUUCCCACACGGUACCGUCGACAGUUGUUCAGGUGAUGCUGGUGGUCCUCUGGCAUGUCAAGAACCCUCAGGAAGGUGGUUUCUAGCAGGAAUCACAAGCUGGGGCUACGGCUGUGCCAGGCCGUACUUUCCUGGUGUCUACACUAAAGUCACAGCUGUCCAAGGCUGGAUUGCGCAGAACCUCAAGCUCUGAAGCUGCAUUUUACUACUCAGGGAAGGCAAUGAAUGAGAGGAGUAAUUGGCAGGGGAUGCACUAACCCCGCACCUACCGUACGUUUUUUGAUACUGCGAAGGGGUAACGAUGACCUGCAGGUAUUAAGCAAAUGAGUCUGUCGUGAACCACUGCAGUCAUGGCACCAGGGUAUUUGAUAACUGCUUUGCAUAGAGAGGUACAAUUCUAGACGUUUUUUCUAUAAAUAAAUGAGGCCUGUCCCAUCUUCAGACCUGGCCAAACAUCCUACGCAUCAAAACCCGGCCUUUCAAGUUGGAGCGGUGCCAGAAACAUCUGCCAGAGAUUUCACAUAGCGUGGUUUAGCUCUAUGCUCAUCUACUGUCCUCCCAAGGUCAAUCCAAGAGAUGAGAGGACCUUGUCCCAGCCCUGAGCUAUGCCCUUGCGGAAGCCUCAAGACCUCACAGCCUGGAUGGAGCUGUUAUAAUGUGCAAUGGCUUUUGGAAGGGGUAUGCUACCACUUCAAAGCAGAAUCUAUGCUUGGUACUAGUACCUGUAAGCUCCAUGGCUUACCAUUUGACUGCAAGAGAAGGUUAGGACUAAGACACUUGGACUUCAGACUGCCCAGGCCCCCAUCCAUUUUAAAGAAUCAGUACAGGCUUCUCACCCCUGCCACAGCUCCCUUUGUGUAAGGGAACAGUUGAUUCAGUUGUCGAGGACCAAGGCAUAGCAGUCACACAGAGCACUGUUCUGGUUAAGCCUGGUGGGAAGAAUUCAACCUGCUGAGAGGGGCCCAAGCAUCCGAUUCAUCCAGUGGGAAGCCCAGUCCCACUAGCUAGCUAAGGCACACAAUUGCAUUUGUACUGAAGAAAAAAAUGCUGCAAGGCUCGUGUGUAAAGCCUUAGACAGACCUGGACAUCUCUGUAUAAGCUUGACCAUCAAAAUAGAGCAGCGGUUAAGUUCUGUUAGCUCCCCAACCUCAUUCCUAGGCUUUUGCAGGUAAGCUGUGCAUCUGGGUACAGCAGUAGGUUUCUUCUUUCCCAACCCGUAGAAUCAUAGAAUGAUCUAGGUUGGAAAAGACCUUCAAGAUCAAGUCUAGCCAUCAAUCUGACCCACCGAGUCCCAUCUCUAAAUCACAUCCCUUAGUGCCACAUUCACCUGGCAACGAGACCCACAGCUCUCCCAGCUAGAGCACUAGCAAGGUGGGAGACCUGGCUUCCAGGCUCAGCUCACAGCGGGUUCAGUUCCAGAGCUGGAACACUUGUGGGAUGUUCCCUCUGCUGAAACAGGACUGCCGUACAGCCAGGACCACAACAUUCAAACAGCCAGAAAGAAAAGUAAAAAGACCCCUAUGAGAAUGUGGUCAGAAGGCACUUGUAUUUUCAAGUACUCUUUCUGCCUGAUUCGGGUGGGAAACUCCAGUUUAGUUUCAAUUAUUCCAAACAUCCAGAUAUCUCUUAAUAUAUUAUCUUGUGAGAGCACUUUAUUCCCUGUAUUGAAGCCACCACACUGGAAGUUGAAAUGAAAUCCAAUUCCCCCUUAUUCCUUUGAUCAUCCUAGCAGGUUAAGGAGAAGUCAGUCUCUUCCAGUCUGUCUCUGCCCCAGCCAAUAUUGAAAUAUUUUAUAAAAUAUGGAAGUGCUUCAACAGAAAGAAUUCCAAAAACAUCAUUACAGGGGUACAGGCAUUUUUAAUAUCCAACACACUACUCUUCCAGCCGCUGGGCAUACUGCAGACCACACAACACAUAUCGACCAUUCCAGGAGUGGUGUGCAAGCUAAGCACAAUACUGUGUACCUGCAAAGGAGACCCAAAUACUGUUACAGAAGUGCUCCUUCCCAAAGAAACGAAACCUGAAAGGUAGGCUGGCUCCAAGACAGAAUGCUUGUGUCAGUGCCAAACCAGAAGUUACAGAAAAUCACAGCCACACAUUUUUUUUCCUUUGAAGAAAUCAACUUAUGUAGUUCCUAACCCAUUUCAUACACGGUCUAUCACUCCGAAGGUGUGCUUGUACAACUAUUUGCAAGGCUGUGCUGCCAGCUCAGUAAGUACGCCCUUGACUCCCAGUGCACUGCUUGAGCUAAAUCUUCAUUUCAGCCCCACAAACAGCUAUAUAAACACAAGGGAGGAAAGGGCCAACUGCGCCAUGGAGAGCAUCUCAUUGCAGUUUUUCUACUGAUGAAAAGGGACUAGGUAACUACCUGAUGGCUGGGUCCAGGCUUGCUUCCUGGGCAAGGGGACUCUGUUGGUGGCUUGGCCCCCCCUUUUCCACAGAAG